AUGUGGGGACGCUUUUCCAUUCGAAUGGCGUACUUGGUUGGAUGCCGUGGAUUUGCUUCCUCUGUGUCGCUUCCCAGUUCGUCUGCUUCUCGUCUUGCUACUUCAUCAAAUCCCUUAUUAAAUCAAAAACGAUUCAGCCAAGUCGAGAUUUUUGGACCUUUCGAUCCUCCGAAGCAGCUUACCUUCAAAGAGGUUGAAGAUCGUGUGCUGAAAGCUAUUCGAGCUUGGGACAGAUUUCCAGCUGACAAAGAAGGACUAUUAAAAAUUGAGGCCGACUUUGUUAAAGACCUGGGAUUCGAUUCACUCGAUCAAGUAGAGAUUAUGAUGGCUGUCGAAGAUGAGUUCGGUUUUGAGAUACCACUAGAAGACUCGGAGAAGUUGAAAACUCCUCGUGAUGUUUUCAAAUACAUCUGUGAGCGGGAAGAUGUUUUCGAAUAG